AUGAAGUAUAAUCUAAUUAUUCUUCUUGUUGCCACAACUCUUGCUGCCAUUCCUACCAAAGUGACCAAUUGCAUGGCAGAUCCUAAGGUCGUAUUCACUAGUGCCACAUUCAGUGUACAACCAGCCAAAGGAGUGGAUGAGACCAUCACUCUUUAUGGAAGUGCCAAUCAACAUGCAGAAUUGUCAAAUGUCUUACUCAAAGCCAAAUGGAAUGGAGUUGAAUCAUUCGAAGACAAUUACCCAGAAGAUGAAGUUUAUGAUAAGGGAGACCCCGUCACUUAUUCUCAUACUUAAAACUUCCCUACCUAUACUCCAUCGGGCAAAAUCGUAUGCUAAUUCUGGUUUUAAAAUGCCAAAGGAGCCAAUUUUGCUUGUGCUGAAAUUUCAUUCCUUGUUUGAUAAUAUUGUUUAUAAAAAUACAAUCCAUAAAAUAAAAUCCUAUAUUAGA